UGGAUCCCGGGGCGAGGGACCGGUGGAGAUCCGUCCGGAUGCCCCGGCACAGCCAUUGGUACCUGGCAUCUCUAGAGGGACCGGCUGCUGUUCCUAAUCGUGCCUGAGGCCUUGUCCAGGGCCGUGGGCAGAUGCUUGGAGAGGCGGGAAGGUGAUUGGAAGAAUUUUACCUGAACAUGGAUAUCAGACCAAAUCAUACGAUUUAUAUCAAUAAUAUGAAUGACAAGAUUAAAAAAGAAGAAUUGAAGAGGUCCCUGUAUGCCCUGUUUUCUCAGUUUGGUCAUGUGGUAGACAUUGUGGCUUUGAAGACCAUGAAGAUGAGAGGGCAGGCCUUUGUAAUAUUCAAGGAACUGGGCUCCUCCACAAAUGCUUUGAGACAGUUACAAGGAUUUCCAUUUUAUGGUAAACCAAUGCGAAUCCAGUAUGCAAAGACAGAUUCUGAUAUAAUAUCUAAAAUGCGUGGCACUUUUGCUGACAAGGAAAAGAAAAAGGAAAAGAAAAAAGCCAAAGCUGUGGAACAGACUGCGGCAGCAGCCAACAAAAAGCCGGGGCAGGGAGCACCAAAUGCAGCUAAUGCCCAAGGGAAUUCAACACCAAACCCUCAGGUUCCUGAUUACCCUCCAAACUACAUUUUAUUCCUUAAUAACUUACCAGAAGAGACUAAUGAGAUGAUGUUGUCCAUGCUGUUUAAUCAGUUCCCUGGUUUCAAGGAAGUACGUUUGGUACCUGGGAGGCAUGACAUUGCUUUUGUUGAAUUUGAAAAUGAUGGGCAAGCUGGAGCAGCUAGAGAUGCUUUGCAAGGGUUUAAGAUCACACCAUCUCAUGCCAUGAAAAUCACUUAUGCCAAGAAAUAACAUUUGGAAUGCCGUUUUUAAAGGACCUUGCUAUUUAUAAUGUUUGUUUGGGUAACAUUUGGUCAGGCCAUUUUAGUCGCUGAAAAUGGUAGAGAAGAGAAAGUGAAAUGUUUGGGAAUGACUCAAGUCAUCUAGUAUCUGUUAGCUUUAGUGAACUAUGAAAUAUGAAUGCCUUAAUUUUGUACAAUAAACCUUUAUUUGUAUUCUAAAA